GCGCCGGCCUCUCGAUCGCGAGCGUGCACCCGUGCAAGCACAGCGCCGUCAUGAAGAAGGUCACUGAGCGCAUGGACGGCAACGUGAGGGAGAUGCAGCGUCGGGGGAGGGCUGAGGGCCAGGGGCAGGGCGAGGGGGCACACAAGGAGAAGGAGAAGGAGGAGAAGAAGGGUGGCGGGAGCAGGUGGCUCGGGCUCGGGAAGAAGAAGGACAAGGAGGCUGCGGGAGCGGGAGCGAAGGACGGCUCGAGCGAGGGUGCGGCGGGACCGGACGCAGACGACGAGGGCCUGCGCGUCGAGCAGUACCUGCUCGUGUUCCUCAAGUUUAUCAGCGCCAUCACGCCGACGAUCGAGGUCGACUCGACGGCGAGCAUCUGAUCCUGAUUCACCCGUCGCCACCUCGACUCGCCCAGCCUCGCCUAGAUUCGACUGGACCCGACUCGGCGCUGGUCGCCUUCUCGUCGCUCGGACCCCUCGUCUCGACGCGGCGCCCUCGUCUCGACGCGGCGCCCUCGUCCUCCCUCCCCCACGUUGACCGUCGUCCUCGGCCUCCUCGGUUACCCUCCCUCCCCCCUCGUUCGCCUUCCUUGCCCUUGCCCUCUAUCUCUCUAUUGCGCCGCCGUGUUUGCCUCCCUCCCUCCCCCUGACUCGUCGUACCCCCUCUCGCCCGCGCUCUCGCUCUGCAACUCGCUGUGCCUCUC